AGUACACGUCCCAAGCCCAUAAUCCUGGGCAUGAGGAUCUCAUGGGUUCUACGGGUCAUCAACAUUGGUCUUUGGGUCCACAUGCACCAGAAACUUUGGCUGCUACAACUUCAAUCGGACAACCAACAGUAAAUUCUUUUUACGAUCGUCCAUCAACAACAUCUAACUUCGUCCACCAGUUCAGCAGCACACCACUUUUGUAUGGUGAUCCAAGGAUUAGGCCUAUGAUGCCAUACAAUCAGUUUGGGGGACUACAUCCUAGUAACAUGUGCUCUCCGAGGAUUCCUAGUAGCCUGCCGAAUGAUCAAGGCGUGAGCCAGCCCUUCCCACAGGCCGGACCUCUUGAUGCAAGCCAUUUGGAACAAAUUUUAAAAGGGGGUGCUCAUGAGCAGAAGGAAAGUUUAGUUUCUAUACUUGAGCACUCGAUUUUUAUGUUGAUGUUGGAUAGACGGCUGCAUUUUGUCUACAAAAUGCUCAUCGAUGCAUGCGAAGGCCAGCAGUUGGAUUCGCUCGUCAGGAGGGUGUUGUCGCAAGGGGAAUACUUUGUCAGUUCAGCAUUUUGCAAACAAGGAGCUAGUUCAAUCAUCAAACUCAUCAGAAAAGUGAAGAGGACACCUCAUGCCUUCGCCAUAGCAAGACUUCUAUCGACUAGAUUCAUGGAUAUAAUGACUCAUCCUACGGCCAGGAAUGUGAUUGUACAGUGCCUAGUCCUCUUUCGAAGUCAGCCUAAUGAGAUACUCUACGAGAACGCAAUAUAUCAUUUCAGAGACUUGGCCAUACACGAUGUGGGAUGUCGAUCACUGAAUGACUGCAUCAAUUUGAUCGGGGGAGAACAAAGAAUUACGCUACUCAAUCAUAUUGCAGACGUCUCAGAUUAUCUAUCAUAUGAUCCAUACGGGAACUAUGUUGUCCAGAAUUUACUCAGCAUCAGAAACAUGGACAUUAGUAAUAGAAUAACAGGUCGCCUCCAAAACCAGUUUAUACGAUUGUCAGUGAUAAAAGGAGGCAGCCAUGUUGUGGAGAAAUGCAUGGAAGCUUCGGACAGCGGGAUUAUUGCUGUCGUAGAAGAAAUAUUAGAUUGUCCUAAAGCACCCCUUCAACUUGCACGAGACCAAUUUGGAAACUAUAUCAUUCAAGCAGCCUUAAAGAAGACUAAGGAGCAUGGUCUUAACAGCUUUUACAAUGCUCUCGUGCGACGUCUUGAGCCUCACCGCAGAGCAAUUUGCCGAACCGCAGGUGGAAAGAAUGUGUUGAGUAUUCUGGAAGCAAAUGAAGAUUAACUCGAUCGAGAUGCAAUGGAAGUGAUGGCUGUGGUUGUCAAGGGAAGUAUGAUUGAUGUACAGACGAAACUGCUGUUCCUUUUGGAGGAAUAAUGAGAGCUUAUGUACUGCUCUAGUGUAGCAUCAGUAAAGCUGAUGAUUCUGUUCCUUCUUUUUCUUUUUUUCCUGUUUCUGAUGACUAUGGAUUCGUGAAUGGAACAACUUUUCUUUUG